AUGUUGACAAUUCAUUUUGCGGCGACAAUUGAAUUUCGGCUUUCUCGAAGGCGCAAAAAACGCCCUCUGGCGCGACACGUCAGCGUUUCUUACGGUAAUUUGCUAUCAAUGGGCGAUGAUGAAAUUUCCGAUCACGAUGGCGCCGCGGCCACCGUCUCUGCUUCACCGUUUGAUGCUGGACGUACGUUGGCAAUCGCUCAGGGUCUAGAGUUCGGGUCCGUUUCCGUUGACGCCUUCCAUCGAAGGUCGGCGCCAGGACCACCACCUCGACAACGCAACGAAUCGAUAAACCCCAGCCAAUCGCCAUUUGUUCUUAUUUAA